AUGGGCAGCGUCGAGAGCCCGGACAGAGACGAGACGAGUGCGUAACUACGCGCUGAGCCUCCCAACCAGAGCACUGCGCCAUGCGAAGCACUCUCGCCUCUUCUGCUCAGCCAUGCACUACGUCCUAAACGCUCUCUCGAGGAUCCGACUCCUGACUCGCUCCUCUCAGCUUCCUCUCCUCUCUCUCUUCCUCUCUAUAUCUCUCUCUUCUCCUCUCCUUCCGCUUCUCUCUCUUCUCUCUCUAUCUCUCUCUCUCUCUCUCUCUCUCUCUCUCUCUCUCUCUCUGUCUGUCACAUACACCCCCUAUCAUAGCGAGACCAUCAUAUCUUAUCAGAUGGAAAAAUGGAGUGUACUUAAAAGCCCUGAAGUGUAUCACAGCAGUAAAUCAAUUUAAAUGAUGAUGUGGCCUCCCUCCAUGUCUCCCUCUCUCCACGUCCAAAACAAUACACUAGCGUUAAACUCUAAUUGAAUUGAAAGUCUUCAACACAAAGACAGCUGUCUUCAAUGGAUCUAAGCUGAUUAAAUGGCUGGUCAGCGAUCUGGAGCAUCUAGCCACUCUGACAGACAAGACACCCCUGGUGUUUACAUCACACAGACAGCCAAAUAAAGAAAGAGGAUGCUUAUCAUGAGUUUAUAAUGCCCUCUUUUAGCUUCCGUUCUGGGUUAUGUCUGAAAGGGCACCCUAGUCACCCUAAUGCCCCAUGAGCCCUGGUCAAAAGUAGUGUACUAUAUAGAAUAGGGUGCUGUUUGGGUGGAAACCUUACCGUCGGUUGUGGUGUUCGCUACACAGCUGUGGUCAGGGAAGUAGAUGGGUUCAACCACAACAUUACACCUGUCAGCUGUAGUGGGUUCAACCACAACAUAACACCUCUCAGCUGUGGUGGGUUCAACCACAACAUAACACCUGUCAGCUGUAGUGGGUUCAACCACAACAUAACACCUGUCAGCUGUAGUGGAUUCAACCACAACAUAACACCUGUCAGCUGUGGUGGGUUCAACCACAACAUAACACCUGUCAGCUGUGGUGGGUUCAACCACAACAUAACACCUGUCAGCUGUAGUGGGUUCAACCACAACAUCACACCUGUCAGCUGUAGUGGGUUCAACCACAACAUAACACCUGUCAGCUGUGGUGGGUUCAACCACAACAUAACACCUGUCAGCUGUAGUGGGUUCAACCACAACAUAACACCUGUCAGCUGUGGUGGGUUCAACAACAACAUCACACUGUCAGCUGGGUUAACCACACUAACACAUGUCAGCUGUAGUGGGUUCAACCACAACAUAACACAUGUCAGCUGUAGGGGGUUCAACCACAACAUAACAACCUGUCAGCUGUAGUGGGUUCAACCACAACAUAACACCUGUCAGCUGUAGUGGGUUCAACCACAACAUAACACCUGUCAGCUGUAGUGGGUUCAACCACAACAUAACACCUGUCAGCUGUAGUGGGUUCAACCACAACAUAACACCUGUCAGCUGUAGUGGGUUCAACCACAACAUAACACCUGUCAGCUGUGGUGGGUUCAACCACAACAUAACACCUGUCAGCUGUAGUGGGUUCAACCACAAACAUAACUGUAGUGGGUUUCAACCACAACAUUAAACACCUGUCAGCUGUAGUGGGUUCAACCACAACAUAACACCUGUCAGCUGUAGUGGGUUCAACCACAACAUAACACCUGUCAGCUGUGGUGGGUUCAACCACACAUAACACCUGUCAGCUGUAGUGGGUUCACCACAACACAUAACACCUGUCAGCUGUAGUGGGUUCAACCACAACAUAACACCUGUCAGCUGUAGUGGGUUUCAACCACAACAUAACACCUGUCAGCUGUAGUGGGUUCAACCACAACAUAACACCUGUCAGCUGUGGUGGGUUCAACCACAACAUAACACCUGUCAGCUGUAGUGGGUUCAACCACAACAUCACACCAGUCAGCUGUAGUGGGUUCAACCACAACAUCACACCUGUCAGCUGUAGUGGGUUCAACCACAACAUAACACCAGUCAGCUGUGGUGGGUUCAACCACAACAUAAAACCUGUCAGCUGUGGUGGGUUUCAACCACAACAUAAACACUGUCAGGUAGGGGUUCAACCACAACAUAAACCACCUGCUCAGCUGUAGUGGGUUCAACCACAACAUAACACCAGUCAGCUGUAGUGGUGUGUUACAUUUAAACGUAGGGGGUAUUUUACCUACAGCCACUCUGUCAAACGGAUGUUCUCUCCAGGCCUCUGCCUCAGUCUCUUCCAACACUUCAGGGGAAAUAGGAGGAUAAUUAAGUUAGGAGGCAAUUCAGCACUGAGGCUAUCCACAGCCAUGUGAAAAAGAAGCUUGAAUAGCCGUUGCCUUGCCUGCAGUUGUCUUCUUGUGUUCUUGAGACAUGCAGAACAGAAAGACUAGAUGAUGUGUUACAGUAUAUCUGUAAUGAUAACAGUAGAUCCAUAACACAGCAGCAACUACAGUAAAAUAUUAGAUAAUAAUAUGAUAAUAUAUCAUAUUAUAUCAUAGUAUAUAGACUGUAUUGUAGUAAUAAUAUCAUAAUAUAUAAUAUUAUAUCAUAGUAUAUAGAAUUUAUUGUAGUAAUAAUAUUAUAAUAUAUCAUAUUAUAUCAUAGUAUAGACUGUAUUAUAGUAAUAAUAUUAUAAUGAAUCAUAUUAUAUCAUAGUAUAUAGAAUGUAUUAUAGUAAUAAUAUUAUACAGAAUCAUAUUAUAUCAUAGUAUAGACUUUAUUGUAGUAAUAAUAUUAUAAAAUAUCAUAUUUUUAUCUGAACCCCGGCUUUUUCCUCUGUCUAUGUCCUCUGUAUUACAGGAAAGUUCACUUGUAUCGAGGCUCGUUUCCAUCUGGAGAGGCAGAUGGGCUAUUACCUGAUUCAGAUGUACAUCCCCAGCCUUCUGAUUGUCAUUUUGUCCUGGGUGUCCUUCUGGAUCAACAUGGACGCUGCACCUGCCAGAGUGGGACUGGGCAUUACCACCGUGCUCACUAUGACCACCCAGAGCUCCGGCUCGCGAGCCUCCCUCCCCAAGGUGAGACACACACUCCCUAACCCAGAUCUCCGGCUCCCGAGCCUCCCUCCCCCAAGGUGAGACACACAACGAUCUCCCCAUUUCCAAGAACACAAAACUCCUCCCAAUCUCCCGGGUCGCGAGCCUCCCUCCCCAAGGUGAGACACACACUCCCUAACCCAGAUCUCCGGCUCCCGAGCCUCCCUCCCCAAGGUGAGACACACACUCCCUAACCCAGAUCUCCGGCUCCCGAGCCGCCCUCCCCAAGGUGAGGAGGGGAAGAGGAACACAACACACCUGCACCUGUCACUGACACACACACACACACACACACACACACACACAGACAUGAACACACACACACACAGAUACAGACAUGAACACACACACACACACAAACACACACACACACACACACACAUGCAAACAUACACACACGUUGCUUUUGCACACACACACACACACGACCCACACACACACAACCCCACACAGUCAGCCCGCUAUAAGGCGCAAAAGCAGAGGCCCAUACAACGGUCAGUCCCGAUAUGGGCAAGCAAGAACUCGACUCUGACUUGUGUCGUUAAAUCACACUCUGUCUGUUGUCCCAGAUGAACUCCAAACCACACUCUGUCUGUUGUCCCAGAUGAACUCCAAACCACACUCUGUCUGUUGUCCCAGAUGAACUCCCAUAAACCACACUCUGUCUGUUGUCCCAGAUGAACUCCAAACCACACUCUGUCUGUUGUCCAAAAAGAUGAAUUUCAAAUACAUUCUGUCAUUUGUAGAUUAAUUCAAACCCACACUCUGUCUGUUGUCCCAGAUGAACUCCAAACCACACUCUGUCUGUUGUCCCAGAUGAACUCCAAACCACACUCUGUCUGUUGUCCCAGAUGGUCAAACUACACUCUGUCUGUUGUCCAAGAUGGUCAAACUACACUCUGUCUGUUGUCCAAGAUGGUCAAAACCACACUCUGGGCAUGUUGUCCAAGAUAAAGUCAAAACACACUCUGUCUGUUGUCCCAGAUGGUCAAACUAACUCAACGUGAGAAGAAAAAAAAAAGCCUUUUAAUGAUAAAUCUUUUUGCUGUAAGGAUUUUCAGAUUAAAAAAGAAGAGGGACUUUGCGUGAGGGACUAGGAUUUUAUAAUUAUGUCCUGGAAAAGUAUCCUCCCAGUUUGUUUGUUGACAUUAGGUGAUUCAUGUUCUCUGGAGAAUUGAACAAGUGAACCGUGAUUUCUAUGCAAUUCAGCUGUCACAAUAAUGAUCACACGGCACGGCUGAGCGUAGGUGCACACAGCACAGACUGCUCUCUCUCUUCCACGCCUCGCUGACUUGGUGCAUUGGUGACAGGGAGGGAAGGAGAGGAGAGAGGGCCAUUUUGAAUGCCAAUAACAUUCAGUCACCCUUUACUGUGACUUUACUAAACAAAUCUAGCCACCACGGUAAUGUUACUUUUUUUGCAGUCGUUAUUUUCUCUCCCCCUGUUGUAGUGCUCUACUUCCAUUACAAAGAGCUGAAGAAGAUGUCCAGCAUAAAAAUACAUUUCACCACUUUAAUUGAUCAAGUACUGUAAAACUAAAAAACACAUCAAACAUAUUUGAUCUGGUGUGGAAAAUUAGAAAUCCAUAGCAAUCCAACGACACCAGGAAACAGUAGAACAGUAGUCUGCCCAUGUCUGUCUCGGGCUGCUGCCUUGUCAUCAUUUGAACAAUGUCUUGUGAACCAUGCAUUCUGUAAUGCCACCUAAGCUGCAUUCCAGGGCCACUUGGUCACUGACUUGUCAAAUACAGUGAGCUUCAGAUGAACUGACAAGCCAGCCCAAUCUAGCUUUAGCCCCAUUUCCAGUCAAAUAUGUGGUUUCCAUACCUCUCUCUAUCUCACUGCCCAGGCAGAGCAGAGUCCUGCUAAGCCAACUGACCGUGCAGGACCUAUUGUGUACUGGACAGUUCUCAGAGUUUGAAGAUAAAUGUUGUCUUUGUAGCAGACAUCAAAUGAAUUAAUCAAGGAUCAUAGAUACAGAUACAUACAGCACAUUUGGAAAGUAUUCAGACCCCUUGACUUUUUCCACAUUUUGUUAAGUAACAUCCUUAUUCUGAAAUGGAUUAGAAAAAAAAAAAAAUCUCAUCAAUCUCCCCAUAAUACACCAUAAUGACAAAGCAAAAACAUGUUUUUAGAAAUUUUUGCAAAUGUAUUAAAAAGUAUUCAGACCCUUUGCUAUGAGACUCGAAAUUGAGCUCAGGUGCAUCUUGUUUCCAUUGAUCAUCCUUGAGAUGUUUCUACAACUUGAUAGGAGUCCACCUGUGGUAAAUUCAAUUGAUUGGACAUGAUUUGGAAAGGCACAUACCUGUCUAUAUAACGUCCCACAGUUGACAGUGCAUGUCAGAGCAAAAACCAAACCGUGAGGUCAAAGGAAUUGUCCGUAGAGCUCAGAGACAGAAUUGUGUCGAGGCACAGAUCUGGGGAAGGCUACCAAAACAUUUCUGCAGCAUUGAAGGUCCCCAAUAACACAGUGGCCUCCAUCAUUCUUAAAUGGAAGAAGUUUGGAACCAACAAGACUCUUCCAAACUGAGCAAUCAGGGGAGAAGGGCCUUGGUCAGGGAGGUGACCAAGAACCCGAUGGUCACUCUGACAGAGCUCCAGAGUUCCUCUGUGGAGAUGGGAGAACCUUCCAGAAGGACAAUCAUCUCUGCAGCACUCCACCAAUCAGUCCUUUAUGGUAGAGUGGCCAGACAGAAGCCACUCCUCAGUAAAAGGCACAUGACAGCCCGCAUGGAGUUUGCCAAAAGGCACCUAAAGGACUCUCAGACCAUGAGAAACAAGAUUAUCUGGUCUGAUGAAACCAAGAUUGAACUCUUUGGCCUGAAUGCCAAGCGUCAAGUCUGGAGGAAACCUGGCAUCAUCCCUACGGUGAAGCAUGGUGGUGGCAGCAUCAUGCUGUGAGGAUGUUUUUCAGAGGCAGGGACUGGGAGACUAGUCGGGAUCGAGGGAAAGAUGAACGGAGCAAAGUACAGAGAGAUCCUUGAUGAAAACCUGCUCCAGAGCACUCAGGACCUCAGAGUGGGGGCGAAGGUUCACCUUCAAACAGGACAACGACCCUAAGCACACAGCCAAGACAACACAGGAGUGGCUUCGGGACAAGUCUCUGAAUGUCUUGAGUUGCCCAGCCAGAGCCCAGACUUGAACCCGAUCGAACAUCUCUGGAGAGACCUGAAAAUAGCUGUGCAGCGACGCUCCCCAUCCAACCUGACAGAGCUUGAGAGGAUGUGCAGAGAAGAAUGGGAGAAGCUCCCCAAAUACAGGUGUGCCAAGCUUGUAGCGUCAUACCCAAGAAGACUUGAGGCUGUAAUCGCUGCCAAAGGUGCUUCAACAAAGUACUGAGUAAAGGGUCUGAAUACUUAUGUAAAUGUCAUAUUUCCUUUUGUUUGUAUUUAUUUUUGCAAAAAAAUCUAAAAACCAGUUUUUGCUUUGUUUUUAUGGGGUAUUGUGUGUAGAUUGAUGAGGGGGAACAUUUUUUAAAAUUCAUUUUAGAAUAAGGCUGUAAUGUAACAAAAUGUGGAAAAGGUCAAGGGGUCUGAAUACUUUCCAAAUGCUCUGUAUAUAGAUGGUACUGUACAUUAUCUUCCACUCCAAGGUCAGUUUCAUUUGAAAAUGUCACCUUCUGUUGUUGUUGUUGUUGUUGUUGUUGUUGUUGUUGUUGUUGUUGUUGUCCUCCUCCUGCUUACCACUGUGUCCUCCUGCCCGAUCUCAGGUGUCGUAUGUGAAAGCCAUUGACAUCUGGAUGGCCGUGUGCCUCCUGUUUGUCUUCUCGGCCCUCCUUGAGUACGCUGCUGUGAACUUCAUCGCUCGCCAACACAAGGAACUGCUACGCUUCCGGAGGAGGAGGCGGCACAUGAAGGUCAAUUAACUGCUUUUUGUUUUAUUAUUGGGAUCACGUUUUUUUGUUAUCUAAUCAUAGAUUAGACAAACACUUUUCACAGGAACACUUCCUGUCUCCUCCCUCUUCCUCUCAGACCAGCAAUGAGAGCCAGACAGUCCCAGUUAAAUAUUUAGCUUUAUGGGUUUCUCAUAUUCUCAACAAGUACACAACACAUUCAUAUUUAAUGCUGAGGGAGUAUUGAAAAAUGAUUAAAGUCAUGAGUGUGCAUCCCAAAUGGCACCCUAGUCCCUUUGUAGUGCACUUACUUUUGACCAGAGCCCUAAUGUAGUGCACUAUAUAGCGUGCCAUUUGCGACGCAUCCAUGGACAUAGACCAAACAGAAGAAUGAGCUGUGGAUCAGAUUCACAACAAUGGAAUUAUUCCCACAGGCCCUAACUUAGUCUGACACAAUCCAUAAUUGAACAGGCCCAGUAGGACACCACGUUGUGAUGGUAGGGCUUAAAGGGCACUGCGUUAUGGGGGUUGCCUGUUAUCCUCGCAUCAAAGUCAGUUAAACAAGUAGCCUGGCCUGUUUGUGUUCCAAAGCCAUUGGCAUACUUAGUUUGCCAUGCACAAUGACCAAAGGAGUUGGCAAGACAGCACAGACAGAUCUGGGAUCAGGCUAUAAAAGAAGUAGAUGGAAAUUGAAAACCCCAUCGCUACACCCUGGGCUUUUAAUUAAGAUCUCAGAUCCAAACAAACUCCAUAGCUGUCGUAUAUCUGAUGGGGUUUGUGAUAUUGAUGUCUUGAUGACUGAAUAUCAAAUACAGCUAUCAAAGUAUGACUCAUUUAGUACUAUCUAUCUACCACAGAGCGUGUUGCUCCGCCUCAUCCUAAAUCUCAGAUCCAGCUAGGGGACUCUUUCUCUGCAUCAGUCAUCUCAUUCCUCUGAGGGACAGCUAGAGGAAUUCAGAUGUUAGAUAUUUUUUUUUACGGUUUAAUCAAUCAAUUGUAUCUGUCCAGAUGAGUUGAUCAAAAUCCAAGACCAUGUGAUUUAAUAAGAAGUAAACCUGUCAGCCUUGAACAUAGAAGGAGUCUGAGGAGGUGAUUGGUGAUAGCUGGAGGAGGAGGAGCGGGGGGGGGGGGGGGGGGGGGGGGGGGGGUUAAAGAGAGAAAACACAGAAACCCUUCAAGGAGUUACACAUAAACAUUCCAUAAACUCCUUGUCAUUCCGUGCGCCUUGACCGGGAGGACUGGCAGGCAGGUGGCUACAGCUACAGACUACUUCCAGGGAAUGUGAAUCCAGUCAGUCAUUCAAAAGAGAGUAAAAAAAGCUCAAAAGAAAUCCUCAAUACUACUGUUAUAAUCCAUAAUCCCUGAGGAGGUACAGUCGUGGUCAAAAGUUUUGAGAAUGACACAAGUAUUGGUCUUCACAAAGUUCGCUGCUUCAGUGUUAUGAGAUAUUGUUGUCAGAUGUUACUAUGGUAUACUGAAGUAAAAUUACAAGCAUUCCAUAAGAGUCAAAAGCUUUUAUUGACAAUUACAUUAAGUUUAUGCAAAGUGUCAAUAUUUGCAGUGUUGACCCUUCUUUUUCAAGACCUCUGCAAUCCGCCCUGGCAUGCUGUCAAUUAACUUCUGGGCCACAUCCUGACUGAUGGCAGCCCAUUCUUGCAUGAUCAAUGCUUGGAGUUUGUCAGAAUUUGUGGGUUUUGUUUGUCCACUCGCCUCUUGAGGAUCGACCACAAGUUCUCAAUGGGAUUAAGGUCUGGGGAGUUUCCUGGCCAUGGACCCAAGAUUUCGAUGUUUUGUUCCCCGAGCCACUUAGUUAUCACUUUUUGCUUAUGGCAAGGUGCUCCAUCAUGCUGGAAAAGGCAUUGGUCGUUACCAAACUGUUCUUGGAUGGUUGGGAGAAGCUGCUCUCGGAGGAUGUGUUGGUACCAUUCUUUAUUCAUGGCUGUGUUCUUAGGCAAAAUUGUGAGUGAGCCCACUCCCUUGGCUGAGAAGCAACCCCACACAUGAAUGGUCUCAGGAUGCUUUACUGUUGGCAUGACACAGGACUGAUGGUAGCGCUCACCUUGUCUUCUCCGGACAAGGUGUUUUCCGGAUGCCCCAAACAAUCGGAAAGGGGAUUCAUCAGAGAAAAUGACUUUAUCCCAGUCCUCAGCAGUCCAAUCCCUGUACCAUUGCAGAAUAUCAGUCUGUCCCUGCUGUUUUUCAUGGAGAUAAGUGGCUUCUUUGCUGCCCUUCUUGACACCAGGCCAUCCUCCAAAAGUCUUCGCCUCACUGUGCGUGCAGAUGCACUCACACCUGCCUGCUGCCAUUCCUGAGCAAUCUCUGAACUGGUGGUGCCCCGAUCCCGCAGCUGAAUCAACUUUAGGAGACGGUCCUGGCGCUUGCUGGACUUUCUUGGGCACCCUGACGCCUUCUUCACAACAAUUGAACCUCUCCUCUUCUUGAUGAUCCAAUAAAUGGUUGAUUUAGGUGCAAUCUUACUAGCAGCAAUAUCCUUGCCUGUGAAGCCCUUUUUGUGCAAAUCAAUGAUGACGGCACGUGUUUCCUUGCAGGUAUUCAUGGUUAACAGAGGAAGAACAAUGAUUUCAAGCACCACCCUCCUUUUAAAGCUUCCAGUCUGUUAUUCUAACUCAAUCAGCAUGACAGAGUGAUCUCCAGCCUUGUCCUCGUCAACACUCUCACCUGUGUUAACGAGAGAAUCACUGACAUGAUGGCAGCUGGUCCUUUUGUGGCAGGGCUGAAAUGCAGUGAAAAUGUUUUUUGGGGGAUUAAGUUCAUUUUCAUGGCAAAGAGGGACUUUGCAAUUAAUCUGAUCACUCUUCAUGACAUUCUGGAGUAUAUGCAAAUUGCCAUCAUCAAAACUGAGGCAGCAGACUUUGUGAAAAUGAGUAUUUGUGUCAUUCUCAAAACUUUUGACCACGACUGUAUGUACUAGGUGAGGGUAGAUUAGUCUACUUACCCUGGAGCACUAGUCUCUCUCAGGUAAAUCGAGAAGCUGGCCACGUCCCAAAUGGCAACCAUACAGCUCUGGACAAAAGUAGCGCACUAUACAGGGAAAGGGUGCCAUUUGGGACUUAACCGCUGAGUACCAUACAGUGCUUUGUGCUCUAAUCUCUACAAGA